GUCUGAACAUCUCGAGUGGACGGCACAUGGUUCAAAGACACUUCAGUUUGGGGGGUUAGACCAUUUAUUGGACUUGGCAGUCAGUGUGUGUCUGUCAGAGACACCUGCUUUAGGACACAUGUUCACACCGAUGCACAGCCCGUGAAGGUGGUCUGGAUUUGCUGCUGCUCGGCCUUUCAUGCACCUAACAAGGCUACAGAAGGUGGAGAGGAGAGAGAGACAGAGAGCCCAGCUCCUCACCAGUCUGGGUUCAUGUAGGCCUGGGUUGUUGGUUGGCCUUUGCCAUCCUUCUCUUAAGAUUGGCAUAAGCCUCCAACUGCCUUUUGCCUGGAUUUCUGACUUCGGCUCCAUUGCUUUACCGUUUUUAACGGAGAACGGCACAGCUCAGCUGGACCAUUGCACCGCUUCAGUGAGAAGCCUGUCGGAGUGCAGAGGUUACUGCUACCAUGAGCAGUAUCCUCCUCCGUGGAAAUGGACCCUCUACCAGGCGAACAGACGCUUCACGUCUCCGCCGCCAAGCUACUUGAACUUGCCGGGGGAAGCUGUUUAUCACCAGGGCUUAGCAUCGCCGUCGGAGGCGAUAUUAAAUACCAGUAAGGACUGGUUUCCGUACGGCGGAGCGGUUUACGGCGCCUCUGGUCCCCGUCUUCACAAGCAAGCGUUUGCCGGAGACCCACGGAGUUUCCCCGGCAGAGACGCGGCGUUCAAUCCGGACUCACAACUCCACUUCUCGGCAGAGCGGAACAUAAUCCUGCCGCCGGUUUUCGACCAGUGUUUCGAGUAUGCAGAAGAGGGAAUAGAUCCGAAAGCGGAGAUUAGACAUGGGAGCCAGCGGGAGAAAGAGACGACUGGGGCCAAGUGGACUAGCUGUCAUAGCGGGGAGAGCAGCGAGGUGAGGGCGGGGUCAGAGUCACCCCAGGCGGGGAAGGAGGACGAGGACGCGCCGUUUUCCAGCGGCAGUGGAGGAGACGACAGUCAUGCCCCCAAGCCCAGUGUGAGGAGGAAGAAGCGUUGUCCUUACUCUAAGCAGCAGAUCAGAGAGCUGGAGAGAGAGUUUCUAUUCAACAUUUACAUCAACAAGGACAGACGCAUGCAGCUGUCCCGCCUUCUGCGCCUGACAGAUCGACAGGUGAAAAUCUGGUUUCAGAACAGAAGAAUGAAAGAGAAGAAAAUGAAAACAGAGAGACUGCAGUACUACGCACUGUUCUGAUAGACGGGUGAGGCAGAAAGGAGUAACAGACAGUCUUCCUUUCAAUGUCAUGCACAAACUGUGUGACACCUCUGCCAAACCUUAUCACAGCGCUGUAUCAUUCCAAUCAUGUAGGCAGGUUAAGAGAGACAUAAAUAAAAAGUAAAAACAAACAAAUAAAUCAUCCUACAAAUGUCAUGAAAGGAGAACUCCAAGGCUAAGGUUUAUACCCCAUAUUUUAAGGACAAACACACCCCGAACAGUCAAAAACAGCAACUUCUCUACUGAAUAUUCUGUGUCUCAUCAUGAAAACAUUCAGAAUGCUGCUUUUGCCUCAUUUGAACCCAACUUCCCUCUGAAGUCAUGUGGCUUAGUGUGAAGAAAUUAACCCUCUCGCUGCCUCAGGCCUUCGUGUCAUGUCCACAUACAAUCUUUAUCCUUUUCAUUUCAAAAAACUAAAAAUAGGGAAAUAUCAAAUACAGAUGUAGCUCUUUAUAUGCUUGUCUAUGGAGCCUUGUGUUUUGGACUUCACAUGUUUGAGUGAACUUUUUUUUUUUUGGGUUUUUAUGUUGACUUGCACUGUUGAUCCUCUUGUUAUUCAUGUGAAUUUGUUUAUAAGUGACAUACCUGCUCAAGGUUAAUAACUAAUGACAAUAACAAGAUCAAAUUUAACCAUCUAUUUAGCAUAUAAAUAUCAUCAUUUUAGGCAAGCGAAGACAAUCUACGCUCAUUAUUCUGAUAUCCGUGACAUUUAAUAUUGGUAUUGUUGCCAUUUUGCUCCUGUGUUUUUAGGCUGUAAAGACUAACUGCAUAAGAAAGACAUAUAAGUGUGAUUAUAUUGCUUGGUUUACUUUGAUGUAGUAUGAAGUACUUUGUGAUUAGAUAAAUGUGAUUUUUUUUUUGUGUCAAGUGUGUGUCCUUGCAUUUAUUGCAACGUUACACAAUUUGGAUUUCAGUGUAUUCAUGUAUUAUAUUUCAAUACAUGUACACUUCAAGGCAAUGUAUUAAAGUAUUUGACAACCUUAUAUCUCUAUGAGGGGAACUGAUUGUAGUUUUUUUGUGAAAGGGCUUUGAGGGAAGUGUGACAGAGAGAGGAGUGUGUAAUCCUUAAUUUGAUGUAAAAACCUUGAAGUUAAAUACAUUUGAGUUGUGAAAGUUUGAUAUGAUUUCAUAGUUUUAAAUGCAUUUCUGUUUUACUCUAAAAUUGACAAAGUGUUCAGAUCUUCUCAAACAGAAAUACAACAAAUGCAUGUGAAAUUUAGAGUUUAGGUUUAGCCUGACUGUGAAAUUAUAAAUGGAAAUGUUUUAAUUACCGCCUCUUAGUGAUGGCACAAACCAGUUUAGACACUUUUCAAAUUUGUUAUAUAAAAUAGAAUUUCUUAUAAAAUAUGAAAAUAUUUACACAAACUACACACAUAUUGCUUAUUUUAAAUGCAAUUUUUGUUACACUGCUGUCUGGGGCUGUUCACAGGGUGUUGUCUGAAUGUUCUUACAUGGGAAUAAAAUGAAAUGAACUUCAUGUGUGAUCACUUAUGCAACAAAACAUUAUACCCAGAAACACAAUUAAAUAUGCUCACAUUUUAGUUGGAUGAUGGCUAAAUGGUAAACACAGCCAUACUAACUAACAGGUUACACUAAUGUAUCUUCCAUAAGUAAAGAGUAGAAGUGCCAUAGUAUAAAAGAAAAUAAGUAAAAGUAGUAAAUAGCUUCUCUGUCAUGUAUUCGCUCUUCUUUUCACUCUGGAGUUCCGACCCAGACUUUGAACACCACCGGCACCAGACAGAAGAAACACACAGUGAGUCCAAGGCUGCAAAUGAACCUUGAACCGCAAAACAGCCACAACACACAGACACCGUCACAACCACCAUUUCCUCAACCUAAUGACUUUUAUUGGGGCAACACAGACAGUCUGCUGUUUCUCUCUUUCUCUAUCUCACACAUUGACUCAGUCUGUGUGUGAGUGGGACUUGGUAUUUGUGUGUGGCAUAAAAAGAAAGAGAUGAAAGGAGAGAUUGUGUUUCUGGUUGGAACUAAAGGCAUUUAACCUAAUGGCCUACAAUAAACUUGACCACAAACCUG